UUUCCUCGUUAGACCGUUGGAAAUGAUAUAGAGACUUGUUUUUCCGUUGCAUUGCCUCUCCUGCAUUUUACAUCGAUCGCCUUGCCAAUCAUCAACACCCUCGACGGUCCUGCCAUGCCGUGAGCUUUGAGACUCGAAGAGCCAGCAAACAUUCGCUGCUAUCUGGCCUCCACACCCGGCGACCGUCCACCCGAUCCCUCGACUCCCUGCCGAUCAUGUCGAACCAACCACCGGGGACCUUUCUGCCCAACACGAAAGUCACAGUGGGCAGCCAUAAGGUCUACAUUGUGAAAUAUCUCUCGGAGGGAGGAUUCGCCCAUGUCUAUGUGGUUCGCGUCCCGCGCGAUAACGGAAAAGAUGAGAUCGCAGUGCUCAAGCGGGUGGCCGUGCCGGAUAAAGAGCAUCUGGCCAACAUGCGGACGGAGGUGGAGACCAUGAAGAAACUGAAGGGACACUCGCGUGUGGUGACAUACUACGACAGUCACGCCAGCCAGCUGAAAGGCGGAGGCUACGAGGUGUUUCUACUCAUGGAGUACUGUAGUGGCGGUGGUCUGAUUGACUUUAUGAACACCCGACUACAGCACCGCCUGACUGAGCCGGAGAUCCUCAAGAUCUUUGGAGAUGUUGCUGAAGGGGUUGCCUGCAUGCACUAUCUCAAACCGCCGUUACUGCACAGAGAUCUCAAGGUUGAGAAUGUCCUCAUUGCAAAGGCUCCUGCAGGGGGCACUCCCACGUACAAGCUCUGCGACUUUGGCAGCACAGCUCCCCCAAGACCUGCCGCCAGGACCGCCGAGGAGGGACGGCUGAUCGAGGAAGAUGUCCAGAAGCAUACCACGAUGCAAUAUCGGAGUCCCGAAAUGAUCGACGUAUGGAGGAAACAGCCAAUCGACGAGAAGGCGGACAUCUGGGCGUUGGGAGUCCUGCUCUACAAGUUGUGCUAUUAUACGACGCCUUUUGAGGAUGUCGGGCAGAUGGCGAUUCUGAACGCGAGCUUCAAAUAUCCAAGCCACCCCAUGUUCUCGGAACGAUUGAAGAAAUUGAUAGGGGCAAUGCUGAAGGAGGAUCCUCGUAACAGACCCAAUAUAUACCAGGUCAUCAAGGAGUCAUGCAGCAUGCGUGGGACAACAGUGCCGAUCAAAGACAUUUAUGCUGGAAGGACACAGUCUGAAGCGCGGAAGAAUGAAACACUGCCCUCUCCGGAGCCCAUAUCUUCUCCCCCGAUCGGACUGCAAAAGGUUGCACCACAAGUGCAAGUUCAAUCCAUUCCAGAUAUUGCGCCUAUGCGGAGAGGCAGACCCGCGUCUACUGCACAGCCUUCCACCGCACCAGAGCCUGCUUCGUCGCCAGUACGAGGCGAUCCGUUCGCUGCACUGGAUUCGAAGAACUAUGAGGUGCGUGCUGGAGCGAUCGACGAGCUGUCGACAAAGUUUCCAUCCCUGGACGAGUUCUCCAUAGCCCUUGAUGGAGGAAAAUUCGCAUUCACAUCGCCUCAGCCGACGCAAGGAAAGACUGAGCCCGGAAAGACAAACUUGAGUGAGCGUGUAACAAUGGCGCUGGCCGAUGAGGUCUUUUCAAGUACUCAACCAGCGAAAAGUGCACCCAAGGCUCAAUUGUCUCGUCCGGCGGCCACAACACAAAGCCCACAGCUCAAGCCUAUGAUGUCAACAGGUGUACAAGUGGACCGGGUUGGCGCUUCAUCACACCAGCCGUCCGCCAUCCGACCGGGUGCGCCUUACAGAUCGACGGCUGUUGGCUCUUCGCCUCCGCCCACGGGCAGGAAGCCGUUGGACAUCAACAAUCGGCCCAUCUGGAGAGUGGCCGACCAUGUUCGCUCGGAAAGUGGUCGACCCUCGCAUGACGGAAGUGCCGAAACAAACAUGGCCCGUACUCACUCGCUGAAUGCGAGAUCCCGGCCUUCGAGCAUGUAUGUCGAUUCCGACAUGGAUUAUCUGCGAGAUCAAGAACAGUCACGAUCACGACCCUCUUUGGAGAUUCGAAGACACAGUCGUCAAGCUUCCCAUAGUCGACAGGCAUCUCAGACUCGAGCCAGCCCACCCGACGACAGCACCAUCGUGGGCGAUAUGGAUUAUUUGCGCAAUUCCGAGGACAGCGGUGCGAAACCCGGUCAUCACAAAGCGCGAGCGAGCUUGAGCGGCAUUGGAAAGAGCAUAGGUGGACGUUUCAGUGGUGCCUUCAAGCGCUUUGAGCGUACUCCCUCGUUUGAGAACCACCGAGGACCUCGCACACCCGAAGAGCGUGCAACAAAUGAGGAGCCACAGCUGCUGUCGCCGAUCACCGGCUCCGAAACGACUAAGAGUCGACACUCCGACGCCGAGGAAGAGACAGAAGACAUCCCAAUCGAAGUCAAGCGCGAGCUCGAACGCCAGCGCGCGACUCAAGAAGAGCGUCGCGUUGCCGAAGCCGCAGCCGAGUACCGCGCUCGAGUCGCCGCUCAAGGUACAGGUAGCAUGCCUCCACCCAGCCGAGCCAGCACCAUCCAGAAACGAGUUCAAAACCUCCUGGACGAAGGCAGACAAUCUCCCGGCCCUCGCAAGACAGCCGAGGGCUAUGGUCGCUACACCGAUACCCCGGCCUCC